GCGAUGGCGUCUCUGGGCAUCGGGCUGGCGGUCCUGGGCUGGACGGGCAGCAUCCUAACGUGCACGCUGCCCAUGUGGAAGGUGUCGGCGUUCGUCGGCAACAACAUCGUGGUGGCGCAGGCCAUCUGGGAGGGCCUGCGGACGACGUGCGCGGUCCAGAGCACGGGCCGGAUGCGGUGCAAGGUGUACGACUCGCUGCUGGCGCUGCCCCCCGACCUGCAGGCGGCGCGGGCCACGGUGGUCGUCGCCAUCCCGCUGUCACUGCUGGGCCUGCUGCUGUCCGUGGCGGGCGGCAAGUGUACCGCCUGCGUGGAGGACGAGGGCGCCAAGGCUCGGGCGGCCGCGGCGGCCGGCGCCUUCUUCGCUCCGUGCCUGGUGACCGUGUCGCUGCCCGCCAACGCCGUCAUCCGCGACUUCUACGACCCGGCCGUGCCCGACGCCCAGAGGGGGGAGCUGGGGGCCUGCCUGUACCUGGGCUGGGGGCCUUCGGGACUGCUGCUGAUGGUGGGGCGCCCUCCCCCCGCCAAGGAGUUUGCGUGA